UUCACCUAAAGAGCCUCUCUAUAUCUAUCUAUCAAUCUCUCUCUCUCUAUACAAUUUAUCAAUGGAAGAACAAAAAUCAGACAAUAAUCAUGCAAGCCUAUCAAUCGCCAGGAAAAUUCCCGUUGCCGACAAGAAUACUCCUCCUCCUCCGGAGGUGGCGACGGCCAAGAAGAAGAGGCGUGGGGCGAUGCAGCUGAUCAAGGUUGCACUUUUCAUGCUCCGACGUCGUUCCGGAAAGGCCAACUCCGUCAACGUGGUGGCGUCGCGGGGGAUGUGGAACCGCCUUGUGGGGUCCAUCCGCCCUUUGCACCUCCAGAACAACGGCUCUCCGCGCCAAAAUAGUUCGCAUAACCCGAAAAAUUCUAUUAUUCCUGAGGUUCAGGACCAACGAAACGACGACGUAAUUAGUAAUAUCACGUCGAUAUUGCAGCAGCCGAUGUCUCCCGCGGCCUCUUCCUCUUACUCGUCGUCUGCGUCGUCCGGACAUGACGGCAUGAGCAGCUACGCCUCGGUGGGGAACCUCCAGGAUCUCGAGAGCCGGUAUACGUCGGCGGUGAAUCUCCGGGAUCUCGAUUCGAGCUGCGAGGAGGAAGAGGAGGAGCGCGAGUGCGGGUACAGGUACGACGAGAAUGGUGGGGAUGAGAUGAUUGAUGUCAAGGCUGAGGAAUUCAUCGCUCAAUUCUACGAGCAGAUGAGGCUUCAGCGCUUGAAUUCCAUUGACCGUCGCUACAACGAGAUGAUUGAGAGGUCAAUCGGUUGA